AUGCAGCAGCGAGCAGUACUGACUAUCGCAGGCUCUGACUGUAGCGGUGGAGCUGGUAUUCAAGCGGAUCUUAAGACAUUCACUGCAAAUGGGUGCUAUGGAGCCAGCGCAAUUACGGCUUUGGUCGCAGAAAACACAGUAGGCGUGCAGGAUAUUUUCCCUUCCCCGCCGCUGUUCGUUGUUCGGCAGAUUUUGUCUGUACUUGAGGAUAUCGAGAUGGACGCGCUAAAGACUGGGAUGCUCUUCGAUGCAGAGAUAACCAAGGCUGUUGUUCACACAUUGAAGAAGCAGUACGGUAGUGGUAAUAUUCCUCCGUUUGUGUGUGACCCGGUCUGCGUCUCGACUUCAGGACAUUCCCUCUUGAAUCCGGAUGCGAUAGAUGUCAUGAUCAAGGAGCUCUUCCCGCUCGCUACGCUGAUCACGCCGAACAAAUCCGAGGCCGAGUUAUUGUUAGCUCACGGAAGACCAGGAGCCUAUCCCUGCAUCAGCACCUUAGAGGAUAUGUAUCAGGCUUGCAAGGAUUUCUUCACCCAGAUUAUUCCGGGUCCCCAAGCAAUUUUGCUCAAAGGGGGCCAUAUAACGGCUACCCUCGAAGAUGUAGACCGAGUGUCUUCUGCGUACCCUGAGAUCAGUGUUGUUCGGGAUGGCCUUUUUGGUGAGAACAUGGAGAUUCUGAAGAUAGGGAGGGACAUUUCCGGAGUGGAACUCGUCGUCGAUAUGCUCUAUGAAAGGAGUGGUGCUGUUGCUAUUUUAGCGAGGCCGAGAAUCAAAUCUACAAGCACACAUGGGACUGGGUGUACGUUAAGUGCAGCCAUUGCGUGUGGUUUGGCACAGGGUCUGUCUCUUCUGGAGGCUACAAAAGCCGGUGCCUCGUAUACUCACAUGGGCAUCGAAAACGCUGUGCCCUUUGGGAAGGGUCAUGGUCCACUCAAUCACCUUCAUUCCAUCAGCAAGAUAUUAAUCCCCAGGCCUAGUCCCAGUAAUCCGCAUCCAUUCACCAAGCUUCUCAUCCAAGAGAAUCCUGGUAUAUGGAAGGACUACGUGGAACAUGAUUUCGUCAAACAGCUUGCGCAAGGCAUCCUGGCGCGAGAAUCUUUUGUGCAUUUCGUCAAACAAGACUAUCUCUAUCUCAAAUAUUACGCUCGCGCCUAUGGGCUUCUUGCCGCGAAGUCGACAACUUUUCCCGCCAUAAGGUCUGCAGCAACGACAAUCCUCAGCAUUUUGCACGAGAUCGGAACUCACACUGAGUUCUGUUCUCGUUUUGGUAUCACCGCGGAUGAAUUGGAAGCAACGGAAGAAUCAGCAGCGACGAUGGCCUACGGAGGUUAUUUGCUGGAUAUCGGGCUGCAGGGCGACGCGAUAAAGCUCCUGAUGUCUUUACUUGCAUGUCUCCUGGGAUACGGAGAAGUUGGGCUUUGGAUCAUGAAGGAGGCAGCCAAGCCAGAUUCUUGGGUAAAGCUCGAGGGGAAUCCAUACCUCCAUUGGAUAGAGGACUAUUCUGGUAUUGAAUAUCAGAAAGCGGUUAAAGCGGGAAUGGAAACUAUCGAGGCGUGCGCUGUGGCUGACCCGCCUUCAUCGACUAGGUAUGAAGAUUGGUGUGAAGUGUGGCGGAAGUGUACAAAACUAGAAAAAAGUUUUUGGGAUAUGGCGUUGGAGAGAUCGUAA